AUGCGGCCUGACGGGAGGCAGCGUUCCCGUUCAGAUUCCGCUCCCGGCGGCGCCUUUCUGGCUAGCGAGGUGAUGCUGCUGGCCUACCACUUGUCGCAGAUAAACAAGGAUGACAUCGUGCGCUACAAUCUGGACAGUCUGCACAUGUCCCGGUCCAUAUAUUCCGAUGGCGGCAGCGAUGUGUCCGGAUCAACCCGUACAACAAGUCACAUCGUGAGACUUCACGCCAGUUUGCAGCGGCACUUGGAGGAGACAACGAUGCGCCUUCUGGCGGAGUGCGCCGAGCUAGAGGUGGUUGAAAUCGACACCAAUCGCAUCGCGAGGGAUCUGGAAUUAUUUUGCGUCGACCGUUCCAAUGUGUCGCUUCGUCGUUUGAAGGGCCUUUUGUACGCUGGCAUGCAGUCCUUCGAACGCUUGCCGGCGUGCCUCCAGCUACUUUUGCACCUCAAGGAUGGCGGAGGACCCAGUCGCACGAGAAGUCCACCUAUGCAUAAAGAUGAACUCAUGGAAGAUUCCCUGCCGCCCAGCCCAUUAUCGCAACACAGUCCACUAAAGGCAGCCGCGGCAACACCCGCCCCUUCUCAGCCGAUACAAGCUGCGCCACCAUCUGAUGAUUCAUCCGGUUAUGAGUCCCCAGAAGCGAUCGGUUCCGACCCCGAUCUGAGCCCUGCAGCCGGCCCCCCGGCUGAAGACUCUGUGCUCUCUCGCGUGGUAACGGACCGCUUUGAGUUCGCAGAAAUAGACGAGUCGGACCUGGUGUCAGACCUGUUGUUUGUGCUUCAAGGCAUUGAAGGUCGUUUCAUAAAACGAGGGGCUCAUGGCCGUUUCAUCCUGACGAGCUCACGCAAGGUGUCGCGUGGCGUGCGUCAGCUGACAGAGCGCAUAUGCAGUUUGGGUGAGCUCUACAACCGAAUCGUGGACGCCAAGAUGCCUCCAGGAUUGAUAUCGCAGGCCUUGUACCAAGGUGUGAUGGACGAGGUGCACCAGUACAAUCGCUUGGUUAACAUGUUGGUGUCGGGUCGCAGCACUGAGCCGCUGAGCCUGCGCCGGCUUUACGUCUGGGUACAGCAACCUUACGCUCGCAUGCGGCUGCUUCACCUCGUUAUAGGACUGAAGCAAGGCUUUUCGAUUGACGCCAUUUUUGACCUGCACUGCGGACGUGGUGAUACGAUGGGGCGAGAGCUGUACUGCGAGCUGCUUCGGAAGUGCAUGGUGCCGUAUUUGGAGCUUUUGCUCCACUGGGUAUACUUUGGCGAGCUGGAAGAUGCCGGCGGAGUGCUUUUCGUCCGUCGGGUGCAGGGCCACUAUCGGUUAGCCCCGAGCAAGGUGCCGAAAUUCAUUCCGAUGUCGUUGGCUGAGCUGUGCUUCGAGGUUGGGUGCUGCGGUAGCUACUACUCCCAAUUGAAGAAUGGCCGCCCUCUGAAGGCGUCGGUUGACAUCCCCGGUAUUUUGCGUCAGCUGUGCCCCGAAGGCCAGUCGUGGUCAGUUUUCCUCACGGUGCAGCGCCUUCUAACUUUGGUGCGUUCCGUUGACACUGACGCCGUGCUGUUGCAGGAAUUGGUCGGCAAGCACGACAUCUGCGGUUAUUUGCGUCGUAUAAAGAGUCACUUGGCCAUGGAGCAACUCGGGUCUGACCCAAGCUCUCCCGAGUUUGACGACUUUGAGUGUAACACGGAGUACGGCUUCGAAAUAUAUGUACCGAAAUUCUCGUUCCCAUUGGCUCUGAUUCUUGAAGAUGAAAAGGAGGCACGGGAAGCCUACAUCACCAGUUUCCGUCUAGAAUUUUUACUGCAGCGUGCGUUGAAGAUUUUGUCCAUCAGCUGGAACGAGUAUGCGUGGCACAGCCGCUGCAGCCACGGCUCGCUUGAGCUGUCACGGCGGCUGUCUUGGAUAAACCUAUGCCGUAACGAGAUGUCGCACUUCGCUAACGUCUUGCAAGGCAGUCGUUCGGUGCAGUAUGUGUUGGACCAGUUGAUACGGCGCGUAUCCUCUCGCGACUAUCCCUACGGAGGUGCCACCCUUGCUAAUUUACGGAGCUCGUAUUCCACGGUGUUGGCCUGUUUCCGAGCUGCCAACUUCUUGGAGAUAAUGGACAUUCUGGAAUCCAUCGUGGACUUUUGCAAGUUAGUGCCACGCCUGUUCAACCGCGGUUCUAUGCAACAGUUACGCAGCAUGGUCUGCGAGGGCGCUUCCCCGGCAGACAUAACUCAGUUCAUCCACCAAAACAUCGCUACAGACGAUUUGAUGAAGGUCAUGUCGAGGUACGCGGAGCGUUUCCGGGAAAGCGUGCUGUUGUUGCUGCACCGGUUGUCGUGCCAGGAUGCCGAGCGCCGGCGUUUCGCAACAAUCAUGGAUUACAACAACUUCUACAAGUUGUUGAGUGUUGUAGAGCAGUAA